GGGUAAGCCUGGUGAACCAGUCUACGCCAAGGUGAACAGAGACAAGAAACGCAACCGACAGUAUGACAGCAUGGGUCCCCAGUAUGGAACGCUGGGGGGAGCUGAUGACUGGGGUGGACCUGUUUACUCUGGAUCUCCAGCGGCCUCUCCCAACUUCAACAACAGCCCUAGCAUGAACAACAACAACAGCAAUGCGAACAACAACAACAACAAUGGCAUCCUGCUAGAUAAUACGGCGGAUGGCCAGGCUGGAGAUUCAUGGGUGUGAAGAGUGAAGCUCACAAGCUGAGGGCGCACUUGCUGUUCACCAUAUCGAGGAGGAGGACAUGGGGAGCCGAAGCCCGACUUGGAGUAUGUCCUGCUGCACGCUUCUUACCCUCCCAGGAGAUGCCACACAAGAUGACAAGAGGAUGAUGUUCAAUACUGGAGGGGACUGCCAAUUUAUUGUCCUGUAACUAUGUGACAAAAAAUAUAAAACCAAAAAAAAGCAAAAAAAAUUAAAAGUUGCUAAGGGUAAUAAUGAUUAUUACAUUAUUUCAUCUUUUAUGGUGGUUCAAAAAGUGGACUUUUGAGUCUUGACUGCUGAUGUUUUGUCUGUUAUAUUGAUGUUGACACUCGUUGUGCAUGUUAUGUGAACACUAGUUAGUGACAAACUCAGUUCUGUUAAACUUCUUAUAUGAUGUAUGACAUGGGGGAAGAAGGCAAAGCUCAAUUUGAUAAGCAACUUAUAUAUUUUAUAGAAGCACACAGAUGGUGCCAAGAAACUUUAUUACUUUGAUAUCUUGUAAAGACAAUAUUCUGUCUCCCGUUACUCAAGGAGAGAGUUUAUACAGCCAGUUAACAGACCCAUUAACUGGUGAAUGGUUAGAGCAGGCGUUGCUUGUCUGUGCUCUUUGUAGACACUUCAUUUUCUACCAUUUCAUAUUUGACAAUCCAAAGUGUGACCAAUGUGUAUUGUGAGGAUUCUACCUGUGAGCUCUUAGUGUGGUUAUGCACACCAUAGUCUGGACAUUAGAGGUGUGACUGAAAGCUGCUUUGUGGCACAGCAUGAAGGCUAGAAUAUGGCAAGGAUAGCUUUGCCAGCACAAAUGUUGACAAGUGAGAAGUGUUGGUUCACAGCAACUGAACCAGCCUUGCGUGUGCCAGGUUAUUAUUAUGGAUGGACGGGUUGAGGAUUGCAUGUGAGGCUUUGGUGCAGAUAAUGUUAUUUGUGACAUAUUUUCUCCACAAGCGCACCACUCUUGGUCAUAUUUAAUAACAUUUUAGUGCAUAGGUUGUUUCUUGAGUAUAGUUUAAUAUUAUUGUAUUGCCGUGCCUCCUGCCGGUCCUAGGAGUCUGAUGCUUUGUAGAAGGUCAGUGUAACCUUAACAAGACCUUCUCCAAAUACCUUUCUACCUCCCUAAUUUCUUCCAGGUUCCCAAACACUUCUCCCUGGUAGGAACAAGCAGCUAGACGAUCUAGUUCCUUCAACCUUUCACUAAGGAAAUUUUGCUUUGUAUGAUACACAGUCGUAUAGGUUUUAUAAUUCCAAACAUUUUAUAAUGUGCACGGGGUCGGCUGAUUUUUAAGUAGCUACUGUGCUGUCGUGCUUGUGUAAUAUAUCUUGUAUGAUGAAUGGUCAUAAAUAAAGCAAGACUUGUUCUUAAGAAGGCACUUAAUCCUGAAUGGAUUGAUUGUGAUCAAUUUAGAAAUUACUUAACCCAUGUCUCAAAACUGCUUUAUAUGGUAAGCCUUUUUCUGACUUAUGUUAUUUUUUUCUCAAUUGAAAUUUUUAUCAGACUUGCACGUGCAAUAUUGCAUACUUUUCCAGUGUUGAUUAUUGGUAGCUGAAAUGACACUAGCCAGACUGUGUGAUCCCGGAUCCCAGGAACCUUCCCUGCUAGGGUACCCUACAGUCCAUAUGACAAACUCAGGCUGCUAUGACUUUAGGGGCUAUCAAAAUUAUAAUCUGGCCAGUCUUUUGGUAAACUAUGUUUAGCCUAAAUUUGAAAGUAUUAGAAAAUAUGUCUUUUGAUGCCCAAAAGUCAGAGCAGCUCUGAGCAGCUCACUUUAGGCUGUCUCACAUUCCAGGAGUAGUUUAGGUGAUGCACACUCCAGUUCAGAGAAGUAACUGUUGACAUUGGGAAUUUGCAUUGAAGUUACAUUGAAGUACUGUGUUAUUGUGGCAAUAGGCAGCAGCAGGACAUGGGCAGCAGCUAUGAGAGGUUGUGUUUCACUGUCUCAUCGUUAAGCUCUGUACCUAUGUCUGUUUCGGGAGUCGUGAGUAAAAGUGUUGGAUGUACAGGAAGAGGUGCAAAGGCCUAAUCCUGCUGCCCUAAAUGGGUGGUGUCUGCACCCACCAGAAAGCUCAUGACACCCACACCUGGCAGCUCAAAAUGGGUGGUUCUGCUUGGCCAAAAGCCACCUUGAUCGCAAGGAAAUUUCUGACAUAUUUGUGUAUACUUUUAUUAGCAAAUUUUAGCAGCAGUGUAGUACAGUUCAUGUUGGACCAUAUAGCUGGGAAACCCAGUUGGAAUAUGGGGUCGCAAUGUACCAGUAGACAUCCCAACUUAUUUUAGACAUUUUUGAUGUUCAUUAUAAACAAACUUUUUGUACACUAAACAUUUUCCUUCCAUGUCCUGUGUAGGGUCUGCUGUUACACUUAUAAGCAUUUAUUUUUGUUUGGCAGCUUAUUGCAUUUUGCAAAUGAAAUGGCAGUGACAAAAAUGUUAUUGUUAUGCAUAAUUCGCACAGAUUCAUGUUUCUGUCUUGCCUUAAUGGUUGCUUAUGUUUAUUAUGUUGGUUAAUAUAUGCCUUAUUUUAUUUUCACAUGAGUAUUCAGUAACAAAGGAUUUCUAGCAAAUGAUAUUGUAUUGGGUAUUUAUACAAUAAACUGAUAAAGUUGA